AUGAUCGACUCCUCACCAACACCUCCAACAGCAGCAGAGGCUCAUCAUCAGCUGAUGGAUGAAAAUAACCACCACUCCGAAGAACAAGCUCAAUAUGAAAGCAAUGUUAUGACAAGUAGUAGCAGUAGUGGUAUUACUUCUACGAGUAAUGUUACACCUGUUACCAAUGGUAGCAACAAUAAUUCUCAACAACAACAAACCACCUCCGAUGAUGUUUCAACAAUGGCUGAUUCCGUGAUGACGAGUGAUCAAGCUGUGGAAGAGAAUAAUGCCUCCCUCUCACAGCAAACAUCACCUUCGCAACAACAGACUCUGUCAGCAAAUUUGGAUAAUUAUAAUUUACAAUAUUAUUAUAACAUUUCAGAAAUUGAGAUUCAACCUUUUCAAGUGAAAAUCGGAUGGCUAGAAGGAGAUUUAUUUAAACAUUUCUCAAAUUAUUACCAUAAAUACGGAGCUGAUGAUGAUGAAUAUCAGUCUCUCAUCGGAUGUCCAUUCUCAGAUAUGAUUGUAGAGUGUCAAAUUUGUUUUGAAGAUGGAACACCAUUGUGCAUACCAAGUUUAACAAGUCAUGUGGUGUUAAAAGAAGGCAGAAGACAAUGGGAAGAGUGGAUUCACUUUCCAAUUAAAUUUAAUGAAAUCCCUUCCAAAGCAAAUAUUUGUUUCACAAUUUAUGAUGUUUACUCUCCAACUCAAAUGGUGACAAUAGGUAGUAGUUGUUUACCACUCUUUGGAAAGAAAGGAAGAUUGAAAUCUGGUAAAUAUAGAAUUCCUCUAUUUCCACACAAGAGCGUUGACGAAAUACUUAAUGAGAAGUAUAGUACCAAAGCAUGUAGAGACGAACUUUCUAUGGUUGAAAAGUUUGAAGCCAAAUCAAAGCAACAAAACAUAUUGGGUCAAAGCAAUACCAUUCCAAAGAACAGCAAUCUUUACAAGUUCUUUGCAGGAGCCAACUCACAAAACAAUGCUGCUACUAAUAAUCAACCCAACUCCAAUUCUACCCUUGCUCCAAUGAGCUCCAAUGGUAGUAUUAUUGUAGAAAACAAUUCUGAAGGAGCGUAUGCUGCAUCUUCUAAUUUAGCUUGGUUAGACCGCUUUACAAAUAAUCGGAAAGAACAGUUGAAGGAGAAAAAGUUUCACUCGAGCUCUAUUGAAACAUUCUUGAACAUUGAAUUACCAUCAUUUGAUAGACGAGUAGUAGAUUUUGAUUAUUUAUCGAAUUUAUCGAACACAUCAGAGGAAAUGCCAUACUCAUUCUACUCUGGCUUUACUAGAUUUCCUGGAUUAAUGUUACCAAAUAAUAUUGCAACACCAAAGAUAGCAGCAUCCAUGACAAAAGUGAAAUAUGCAGAAGAUACAAAAGAUCACUUUAGAAGUGAGACCAUUAGUACUAAAUACCAAUUCAUUGACGAUCCAGAAGCCAAACAAACAAACUUGGCGGAAGAAAAGCACUUGAAAUUGAGCAUCAAUCUUUCGAGUGGACUUAUCGACACAAAUCUCAAACCCAAUGCGACUGAAACAAAAAAGAUUCAAAAGAUCUUGGAUUACCCUCCUCUUCAUGAAAUGUCAACUGAGGAUAAAAGUUUGUUAUGGAAGUACAGAUACUACUUGAGAUCAAAUAAGAGAGCACUAACAAAGUUUUUAAGAUGUGUUGACUGGAACUAUUUGGCACAACAGAAAGAGGCUGAAAAGUUGAUUCCACAAUGGUCUGAAAUUGAUACUGUCGACGCACUUGAAUUGUUGUCCAGAUUUUUCAAGAAUGUAAAAGUGGUCAGAGAUUAUGCAGUUAAAAUUUUGAGAAAAGCGGAUGAUGCAGCAAUUUUGGAUGUGUUGUUGCAAUUAGUUCAAGCAUUGAGAUAUGAGGUCGAAGUUAACUCGGUGAAGCUUUAUGAGUCAGAACUCGCUCAAUUCCUUUUAGAACGAGCAAGUGUAAAUUUCCAUGUUGCAAACAAUUUGAAUUGGUAUCUUGCUGUUGAAACUGAAGAUCCAAACUUUGGUGAACAUUUCAUGGAACUCAGACACAAAUUCUUUAUUCAUCUCAAAAAGAAUUCUCCUCUAUUCCUUGAAAAGAUUAUUAGACAGGGAAGGAUGGUGGAUACGCUCAGCAAAAUUGGUUACUAUAUUAAGGGUUUGAAAAUUUCAAGACCAGAAAAGAUCACAAUUUUCAAGAAGAUUUUGUCAGCAAAAGGAGAAAUCCCAUUUAUUCAAUCCGAUAGCAAGGAACAACUAACAUGGAACGAUAUUUUCCUUGCAAACAUUUCAAAAAAUUAUCCAGAGGAGCCUUUGCCAAUUCCACUUAAUCCUGAAGUCAAAGUGAAUGGAUUAUUUGCAGAAGAUUCAACAAUUUUCAAGAGCGCUCAAAGCCCUCUCAUGAUUCCAUUUUCAGAUAUUGAGGGAAAGAAGUAUAGUGUUAUUGUGAAGAUUGGAGACGACUUGCGACAAGAUCAGUUGGUCAUGCAGCUUAUAUUGCUCAUGGACAAGUUGUUGAAGAAUAACGGUUUGGAUUUGAAGUUGACUCCUUAUUCUGUAUUGGCCUUCAGCCCAAGUUUUGGCUGUUUGGAGUGUGUUCCUAACUGUGCGGCAAUUUCUACGGUCAUUGAUAAAGGCGAUAUAAGAGGAUGGCUUCGAAAACACAAUCCAGAGGAUGAAGACUUUCACAAUGCAUGUCAAAACUUUGUUAAGAGUUGUGCUGGUUACUGUGUGAUCACGUACAUCUUGGGUAUUGGUGACCGUCACUUGGACAAUGUGCUAAUCACUCAUCAAGGUCAUUUGUUCCAUAUUGAUUUUGGCUUUAUUUUGGGAAGAGAUCCAAAACCGUUCCCACCACCAAUGAAGUUGUGUAAGGAAAUGGUUGAAGGAAUGGGAGGAAGCAAGAGCGAGGGUUACAUCAAAUUCAAAGAAUUGUGUGUGACUGCUUACAAUAUUCUGAGAAAAUCAGCUCACUUAAUUUUGAACAUGUUUAUUCUCAUGGUUGACGCAAACAUUAGAGACAUUGAGCAUGGAGCAGCAGCCGAUCCUAUUAGGAAUAUCAUGAAAGUUCAAGAGAAAUUCAGGGUUGACUUGAAUGACCAAGAUGCCAACGCAUACAUGCAAAGUAUUAUCAAUGAAAGUGAAAAGGCACUCUUCCCUCAAUUAAUGGAAAACAUUCACCGAUGGGCUCAGUAUUGGAGGUCGUAA